AUGAUGGACCGUCUGUGGGGCGACAACUUCUUCAACGCAAAGACCAAGAAGUGGACCAAGGUUGCCGGUGACGACUCUGAGCGUGCCUUCAACCAGUUCGUCCUCGACCCCAUCUUCCGCAUCUUCUCUUCCGUCAUGAACGCCAAGAACGAGGAGGUCUUCAAGCUCUGCGAGAAGCUCGACAUCAAGCUCACUGGUGACGAGAAGGAGCUCCAGCAGAAGCAGCUCCUCAAGACCGUCAUGCGCAAGUUCCUUCCCGCUGCUGACGCUCUUCUUGAGAUGAUGGUUCUCCAUCUUCCCUCGCCCGCCACCGCCCAGAAGUACCGUAUGGAGACUCUCUACGAGGGUCCCCCUGAUGAUGAGGCCGCCAUCGCCAUCCGCGACUGUGACCCCAAGGGUGUUCUCAUGCUUUACGUCUCCAAGAUGGUCCCCACCUCCGACAAGGGUCGUUUCUACGCCUUCGGUCGUGUCUUCGCCGGUACCGUCAGAUCUGGUCUCAAGGUCCGUAUCCAGGGCCCCAACUACACCNNCCCUGGCAAGAAGGAGGACCUGUUCGUCAAGUCCGUCCAGCGUACCAUUCUCAUGAUGGGUCGUUACACCGAGCCCAUUGAUGAUGUUCCCGCCGGUAACAUUCUUGGUCUUGUCGGUAUUGACCAGUUCUUGCUCAAGUCUGGUACUCUUACCACCUCCGAGACUGCCCACAACAUGAAGGUCAUGAAGUUCUCCGUCUCGCCCGUCGUUCAGCGCUCCGUCGAGGUCAAGAACGCCAACGAUCUGCCCAAGCUUGUUGAGGGUCUUAAGCGUCUGUCCAAGUCCGACCCUUGUGUCCUGACCUUCAUCACCCCCUCCGGUGAGCACGUCGUUGCUGGUGCCGGUGAGCUCCAUCUCGAGAUCUGUCUCAAGGAUCUCGAGGAGGACCACGCUGGUGUUCCUCUCCGUAUCUCGGACCCCGUCGUCCAGUACCGUGAGACCGUCGCCGGUGAUUCUUCAAUGACUGCCCUGUCCAAGUCGCCUAACAAGCACAACCGUAUCUACAUGACCGCCGCUCCUCUUUCCGAGGAGGUCUCGCUCGCCAUUGAGGCCGGCAAGAUCACUCCCCGUGACGACUUCAAGGCUCGUGCCCGUAUUCUCGCCGAUGACUUCGGUUGGGACGUCACCGAUGCCCGUAAGAUUUGGUGCUUCGGUCCCGACACCAACGGUGCCAACUUGUUGGUUGACCAGACCAAGGCCGUCCAGUACCUCAACGAAAUCAAGGAUUCCGUUGUUUCCGGUUUCCAGUGGGCCACCAAGGAGGGUCCCGUUGCCGAGGAGCCCAUGCGUUCCGUCCGCUUCAACAUCCAGGAUGUUACCCUCCACGCCGAUGCCAUUCACAGAGGUGGUGGUCAGGUCAUCCCUACCGCUCGUCGUGUCCUCUACGCCUCGGUCCUCCUUUCCGACCCCGCUCUUCUCGAGCCCGUCUUUUUGGUCGAGAUCCAGGUCCCCGAGCAGGCCAUGGGUGGUAUCUACUCCGUCCUUACCCGCCGUCGUGGUCACGUCUUCGAGGAGGCCCAGCGUCCCGGAACUCCCCUGUUCAACAUCAAGGCCUACCUUCCCGUCAAGGAGUCCUUCGGUUUCAAUGCCGAUCUCCGUGCCGCCACCUCCGGUCAGGCCUUCCCCCAGUUGGUCUUCGACCAUUGGCAGGUCCUCCCCGGUGGUUCUCCUCUCGACAGAACCACCCUCCCCGGUCAAGUCACCGAGGACAUGCGCAAGCGCAAGGGUCUCAAGCCCGAGGUUCCUGGUUACGAGAACUACUACGACAAGCUCUAA